GGCGGCGGCAUGGCGGAGAGCGAGGCCGAGACCCCCAGCACGCCGGGCGAGUUCGAGAGCAAGUACUUCGAGUUCCACGGCGUGCGGCUACCGCCCUUCUGCCGCGGGAAGAUGGAGGAGAUCGCCAACUUCCCGGUGCGGCCCAGCGACGUGUGGAUCGUCACCUACCCCAAGUCCGGCACCAGCUUGCUGCAGGAGGUGGUCUAUUUGGUGAGCCAGGGGGCCGACCCUGAUGAGAUUGGCUUGAUGAACAUCGACGAGCAGCUCCCGGUUCUGGAGUACCCGCAGCCGGGCCUGGACAUCAUCAAGGAACUGACGUCCCCCCGCCUCAUCAAGAGCCACCUCCCCUACCGCUUCCUGCCCUCAGACCUCCACAGCGGCGACUCCAAGGUCAUAUACAUGGCCCGGAACCCCAAGGACCUGGUGGUGUCCUAUUACCAGUUCCACCGCUCCCUGCGGACCAUGAGCUACCGAGGCACGUUCCAGGAGUUCUGCCGGAGGUUCAUGAACGACAAGUUGGGCUACGGCUCUUGGUUUGAGCACGUGCAGGAGUUCUGGGAGCACCGUAUGGACUCGAACGUGCUUUUCCUCAAGUACGAAGACAUGCACCGGGACCUGGUGGCGAUGGUGGAGCAGCUGGCCCGGUUCCUGGGGGUGCCGUGUGACAAGGCGCAGCUGGAGUCCCUGACCGAGCACUGCCGCCAGCUGGUGGACCAGUGCUGCGACGCCGAGGCCCUGCCUGUGGGCCGGGGAAGAGUCGGGCUGUGGAAGGACAUCUUCACUGUCUCCAUGAACGAGAAGUUUGAUUUGGUGUAUAAACAGAAGAUGGGAAAGUGUGACCUCAUGUUCGACUUUUACUUAUAAUAACAGCAACAGCAAACUUGCAUGCUCACAGUACCCAGACACUAAUAGCUCAAAGUCCCGUUUGCACUCAUUUGUUACUUGCUGGACAAGCUCUGGAAGCGGUGUAAGACACGGCGCAGAAAUGGAGGAAGUGGGGUUAUUUCUGAUCCAGAGCAGCUGUCUCGCCUUUGGAAUUUGAAGUCUACAUGUCUGAUUACAAAGAUUGCGGUUCUGAUGACCUGGACCAUACGUAUCCUGUCUGUAACAUAUGCAGCUAGAAUGUCUACCUUUUACAACCCACAUUAUUUAUUGUAUUUUAUAGAGCUUUUCACUGGAAAUCUAAAUAAAUGUCAGUAAACCAAAUAAAAGUUCAUUUCCGAGGGACUCAGGAGCGAGCCACACCCGCAUGGUAGGAAGAUCUCAGGGUUGACUCUUUGUUUUUGUAGUUUUCUUCCGGAAGGCACAGCCAUUCGGUUCUUAUCUGGUUGUGAGACUCUGGUGAGGACCGAGGGUGAGUCGGGUGUCGGGGGGACCUUGUUUCUUCUGGUGGCGUUCAGUUCUCAGUAGUCACCCUGGGAUACAGCAGGAACUGUUCACUGGGGCGUUUUCAGAGAGGAUGCCCUCCUGCCAGCGACCCCCAGCCAGUGGCUCUGAGGCUGAUGCGGAGGACCCGGUGGGACAGGCGCACGACGCGGCGACCGGAGAGCCCGCCAC